AUGGUGGAUCUGAGGGUGCAUUAUUUCAUCUGGGGUGGAAUGACAAAUGGUGCAGAAGAGGACAGAGGGUUUUGCUCGACAUUGGGGGCGUGGCCGCGGCCGGGACGAGACGAGACGAGAAGCUGCUGGGAAAAGCGCAGGGGAGGAAGCGAGUCGAGGCGGUUGCGGGGCAUUGGCGUGGCUGGAACGUGGAGGAGGCGGGAGAAGGCAACCGAAAAUCGUGGUUCCGGUGGGGGAAAGUCCUUCGCCAAAAACGUAGUCGGCUUUUCUUCUGCAAAUAUAUAUAGGGAUUUACAAGGAUCAGCACUGGGUUAUCUGGGGACCAUGUCAGAGAGGGACCGGCCAAAAAGCGGCCUAAGCCAAGCCAGCAGCACAGUCACCAUCUCUUCAGUCGCCAUGGGAACAAAGCCACAUUCAGUCCGGCCUGUCCAGAAGGUACACACUUUUGGAAAGAGGGCAAACUCCAUUAAAAGGGACCCCAAUUCACCUGUCAUCAUGCGUGGAUGGCUAUAUAAAAAGGACAGUUCGGGGCUUAAACUCUGGAAACGGCGUUGGUUUGUCCUUUCCAAUUACUGCCUCUUCUACUACCGAGACAGCCGCGAAGAGAUGGUUUUGGGCAGCAUCCCUCUCCCCAGCUAUGAAAUUCGAACAGCGUUCUCCAAGGAGAAGAAGAACCGGCGCUUUGUAUUCAAGGCUGAACAUCCUGGCAUGAGGACCUACUAUUUCAGCGCAGACACCCAGUUGGACAUGAACAGCUGGAUCAGGGCCAUGAACCAAUCAGCAGUGGCGGAGGGCGACUACGGAAGCUGCCGGGGCCCCCAUGGCCACUCUGUGUCCACCCACACCAGCUUUGAGGAUGUCACCCUCACGCAGGAUCACCGGGCCAGAAGCACCGAAUCCCUGGAAAUCGCCCGCCUCUCGGAGGCCCGGGAACCUGAGGCCUCCUCAUCCGAGAGCCUCCACCUGCAGGACAGCCAGAAGGGCUCUCCGUGCCCCAGGAGGACCUCUUUAUCCAGCUCCUUCGAUGGGGGGUUCCACCGUGAAAGGAUAGACCAGCCGGAUUUAAGCUCCCUGUCUUCCCAGACGCAUGGAUGCCCUUCCCCGGUCAUCUGUGCAAAGUGCUCCCCGCGGCCACGCUCCCCGCCCGCUCCCCGCCCCUGCAGCCCCGCACCCUCCUCCCCCUCCCGCACCCCCCAGCCAUCCCCCUUGCUCUCCAUCCGCUCCUCCCGGUCCUACUCCCUCCCCUUGACCCCUGCAGAGUCGCCCCAGAUCUUGUCGCCGGCUCACGUCCACCGGAAGCCGCCCAGGGUGGCCACUGCCCAGGCCGCCUCGUGCGAGGACCUGCCCGCCGGGAUGUCUCCGCGGGCUCUUGUGCGCCCCAACACACCCAUGGGGAGGGUGGACAUCGCUCCCAGCGAGGGCCCCCCCAGCAACCCGUACGCCGUCGUGUCGCCUGCCACCAGGGGGCGCACGCUGACCCCUGCAGACCGGUACGACGUCUUCCCGUUCCCUGAAGACCCCUAUGGCCGGCGUUACGCUCGCAGCCCCCACCCCAGCAGAGCCCGGCCUGUGGGCGAGGACAGCCUGAUGGCCUCCCUGGGGAGGCAGCCCCAAAGCAGGUUUCCGGAUCGAGGGUGUCUCUCCCCGUCCGCUGGACCAUCCCGUGCCUUGAUCAUGUCUCGACUUCAGGGGCGACUGAUCACCCCUCACUCCGCCUCCUCCAGCUACCUGCACUUACCGCCCCUGCCCCCCCUGCCCAACCGGCCCAAUCUUGGCAAAAGGACGUCUUUAGGGACCACGGGUCGAAAUCUAGUGCGGGAGAGAAGCAUCCACUCGGCUGGCGGGCAGCGAUUUGAAAGUGACACUGAUGCAAUCCUGACAAAGCUUUGUGGCCAAGACAAGCUUCUUCGCAGUCUUGAAGAGGAGACAGGGCAACUCCGGGCUGAAAAGGAGCGGAUUGAAAAGGCCUUGGAAGUGUCCCGCCUGAGAAUGGAGGAGUUUAAAGGCCAAGAUGCCACCAUGGAGAAAAUCUCCUACCAGCAAAGGCAGCUGCAAGAUGAGCUGGUGCAUCUCCGAGCGCGCCUUUGCGACCUGGCGCUGGACAGUGAACGGGCCUGGGAGGGUUAUGCAGCCUUGGAAAACGACUUGCAGACGCUGAAGGGCUCCUUAGAGCACAUCCGGAAUGUGGGGCACCCCCAGGACCAAGUGGCCGCUCAGCAAGAUCUGUGGAGGAUCCACGACAUCCUGGCAGGACUGAGGGCCAGUCCAGCAAGCUACCACACCCUGGAGAGCCGACGAUCAGGCAUCUCUCCAGCCACCAGCCCAACACCAGAUUCUCACAUGGGAGCAAACCACGGUUCGCUGUUGCCAUGCUCUGGAGUGGAGGAAUCCACACCCAGCCACAUGCCAGGCCCCGAAGAGCUGAGCCGAACUGCGGCCCCGUUGGAAGGCAGGCAGCCAGAGAGCCCUGGCACCAUGGAUCAGGCUCAGAGUCCACCUGCGACCAGCAGAGGGCAGCAGAGGGCACCAUCUCAGUGUUCCCAGGGGGUCAGGCAGUCCCCGGGCCAUUCUCCUGGUGACCCCCCUGCAUUUGAGAAAGAUCAUGGAAGCCACAUCCGUUCCCACCGUGAAGAGGCCGAACAGAGCGUAGCCAAGGUGGCCCCCUCUGAAGGCCCCGCUCCUCGCCGGUCCCGCAUGAGUGCCCAGGAGCAGCUCGACAGGAUGCAGAGGAACCAGGAGGCCAAACGAAAGUCAGAGGCCGCCCAGCCUGGCUCCCUGGGCCACCGGCGAGACUCCCUCAAGCAUGGGUCUGGCCGGCCCCUCCCCAAUGCCCCCCCUGCAUCAUCACCACCUAAGGAGGGUGCACACAUGGAGGGACACAAGCCUCCUCGAUGCCCCCCAACCCCGGAGUGGGAGCGACAGCGAGUCAUCCAGCUCUCCUACGCGCUGGCGGCAGAGGCUUCGCAGCGGGGGAAGCACCUCGCAGGAAGGACCAAUUCUCGCUCCUCUCUUGAUGACAUCUCCACAUCGCAUGAUAGCCUGAACUGCUCUCACCUCCCCAGUGACAACCCCCCCAAGGAACCAGAGUUCCCUAACAGGGUAUCCAUGCAUGACCAAACCGCAGCUCGAAACUCAAGCUGUAGCGGUACCCAGGCAUCAGCUCCGUCCCAAACGGCCAUUCACGGCUCCUCCGAAUCUUCGGAUUGGUCCUUGCCUCUCCUUGCGGAGGACCGCCGGCUCUCAUCCAAGCCCAGGGAUCCUCACUCUCCAUCCCAUCUGCUGGAAUGUGGCAGGAAGGAGCAUCCUUCACUCAAAGGUCCUCGCUGGGUGACGCCUUUGCCCCAGUCAGCCAAUCGGAACUUGUCUGUUUCCGGAACAGCUGAUUGGUCUUCGCCUCCUUUAUGGGACUAUGAAGUGUGGUCAUCUGAGCACAGCCCUGUGGGUAAUCAGGGUCCUGCCAAUGGUCCGUGCCUCAACUGGAGGGGUGAGCACAAGUCCCAUCAGAGGGUGACCUAUCUUGGAGAGACUGGACGGCCCAUCAAGGUCACGCUGCUGAAAUCCAGUUUUUAGCUCUAGUGGAUAGUGGACAGUGAUACAAAGACAGGCCCUGAAACUUGGUGAAGGAAUAGUCCAAGGCCAUACGCUGGCAGCCUCAGAGUGGCAGCUUCCAGGUCCUGCUCUUUCUGUCCUUCCCCAGAGAGCAUCCAACAUCUUCCAGCCUAGUUUUCAAACCCUCGCCUCAGAUCCCAGGUGUCUGGCUACAGGGUAUGCAAUGAUAGUCUCAUGUACACAAGCAGUUCCACCUAAGUAUAUGUACAAACACCCAUUUAUAAAUGAGCACAUGGUGUCCCAUGGCGGGUGCCCAAACUCACACACACAUUUAGAAGUUUUUUUUUUUAAUGUAAUGCAAUACUUAAAAGGGAAGGAGGGGACUAAUUUGAGGUAGACUUACCCUCCUCUCAGUUCCAUGGAUGUAAAGCUCUGUCCUCCGCAGAAUGGGUGAAGGAAUCUGUGGAGUCUUUUUUUAAAGGAGUCCAAUAGAUCAUCUGGAGCAUGUUUCUCAGCUCCCCAGAACCCGUGCUUCCAGCCACAGGCUAAGAGUCUCAGAACAAGAGCCCUUUAACUCUCACCCUUGAGUUGGCACUAAGGGCUCACGCCCUUGGGAGACUCAGCCUCAAUCAGCCUGAGUCUACAGGUGCAGCUAAACUUCUUCCCCAGAAGUUCCCAACAAUCCUUGGGCAUCACUAUUGAUUCCAUGACCAUGUGGGAAUCCUAAGUUCAAUUUCUGCAUAUCCAUGAAGCACAGAUUUCUGCUCAUUGCCUGCUUUUAGAAAGGGGAAAGUGAGUUUGAGGCCCAGCAACUUGCCUGCAGUCCUAUAAUCAGUCUCUGGCAAACAUGUUACUCUAGCAUUCUUGAUACCAGAUAAGGAUUUGAUCUUUGCCCAGGGAAAUCACUGUGGGAAGGUUUCUUCCUAAAAAAUAAGGUUUACACAUGCACGUUUAUGAUGGGAUGUGCAUUCUCUGCUGUGCAAGUGUGCACCAAGCCAUGCCCUGGACUGCACAGAACAGCAAGAGUCCUUGUCCCAAGCAAGUCCAGCUUUGCUUGAUAAAUCUGCAGAAGUUCCAUGCUGGUCCAACUUUGCUUGAUAAAUCUGCAGAAGUUUUUUUAUCUGAAAAAAAUGUUUUUCAUUUCUGCCCACCAACCCUUAUGCUAAUAGUUAAUGUGCCCUGGUGGGAGGAAAGAAAAACCUGGAGAUGAUAAGUAAUCAGUACAAGUGGUCAGAGAAGUGUUUGUUUAAAAGUAUGCAAAGCAUUUCACAUUUAUCUUUUUCAAGGACAGAGUAUUUACCACAGAGGUGGGCAGCUUUAGGCCUUCCAGAUGUUUUGACCUACAACUCCCAUGAGCUCUCAUCCUU